GCGCGAGACUGCAACCUUGGCCUGUUACGCUGCUUCAACCGGACCAAUUGUCUCAAGGCAAAGCGCGAAGCUCCUGCUUCCUACUCAUUCUCCUGCAAACUACCGAAUCCGGACACCGGUGAUUCACCGGUUUAGGUUGCUUAGGUCAGGCACCUGCAGCUUGCCGUCGCCCGUUUGCUCCUUAUGUUUCCAGACCCACUUCGAACCUUCAAACACAGGAACCAAUACUACAAACGCCCAUCUACCUAGCCGUAAUUGUCCUCGCUGCUGCUUUUGCGACACCACCUGCUGUCACGCGUAUCUUCGCUUCACAAUUCGACUUCGGCGACACCUCGAGCUUGGACGACAUCUCGGACACUAUCUUUGCCAGGGCAGCGCCACUCUCUGUUGCUAAUCUGGCCACAAAAGAAGCUCGACUGCACUCAUCAUGGCUUUCCAGAGCCGACACCAGACCGAGGCCACAACGGCCAUGAUGCGCAAGCGUCUUCUCAAAGACAUCGACGAGUUGCAGCGCGAGCCAUAUCCUGGCAUCGAGCUCCAUGUCAACGAGUCCGACAUCACCAAGGCAUGCUUGGUGCUGACUCCAGAAGGCGAGGAGGCUCUGCACCUUCAAUUGGAGUUCAGUUCUCACUACCCAGUGAUCCCACCUGACGUUACUAUUCAGUCCAGCGUCAGUCAUCCAAACAUCUUUGGUGACCGACUUUGUCUCAACAUGCUCGAUUACGACAACGCCUACACGCCUGCUUACACGCUAAAAGGUAUCUGCAUCCAAUUGCUGAGUUUCUUUGCAUCCGAUUCCAUCGAGCAGAUGUGGGGUGAGAAUGGCGGCAAGGUCGACAGAAAGAAGUGGCAGGCCCGUGGCACCGACGGCAUGGGAUUGAAAGUCCUCAAGGACAGUUAUAAUUGCACCUCAUGUGGCUUUGGUGAUGCCGAUGCCCGCCAUUCAGCGGCUUCUGCCUUGCCCGCUCACACUGCCAAUGCCUACGAGCCCGUCUCGACCAUCUCGACCACGUCCAAGGACCCGCAUCAUGUUCCUGUCACGCUGCAAGACCUCCCGGCGGAAAUCCUGCUGUCCGUGUUGGAUUACCUGGAUGACGAGCACAUCUUCACAGCAGCUCGAGCUUGGGAAGGCUUCGGAGAUAUCAUGCGCGAGUACAAUGUCAUUAGGACUCGCGAGCUGCAAUGCUUCGCCCUUAAGCAGAGCUUCCGUGAGCUCGAGCUUGGUGUAGGUGUACGCGUUGAAGGCCGCGCACUGACAUCAGAGUUUGAUCUACUCUCCCGCGACGCUUUCCAGCAGCUCGGCAUACGUACCAGUAUCCAGGGGUUGCCAUUCAGUUGCUGGCUGCCACUUCCACUCGCAGAGAGUCACUGGGCACGCGUCAGAAAAUCUUCGUCACGCGACAUCAACGCCAUCGCCAGCAAAGCCAACAUCAGCGGAGGCGCCGAGCAGGUCAUCUACGCCUUUAUGAACGAGGUUGUGGUGCGGCUCUCAAAUGAGGCCGAAAAGUUCGAGAAUGGCGGUAGAUACAUUCUGGACGACGGAUCUGCGAAAUCGACGCUGACGCACGCGAGCGAAAAAGCCAUCGAAUCGUACUUCCAUCUCUUCCACCUUCUCCUGUGUCUUGCGUGCGAGAACAACGAAAUCAUCCGCAAUGCUGACAGGACCAUCGACGGCUUCAUAUCCGGCUCUCGCUCCAAGGACCACGUUCCUAAUCUUGGCCAUCUGCUCAUCAUGAUUCUCAUCUCGGACAUUGAGAUCAACGAGGCCGUCAUCGACGGCAUCAUCGAAGAGGCAAUCACUCGCAACGUCGUCUGGACGCUCGACGCAAAGGGCAGAGACAUGCCAGAGCUCAGCUUCAUGGAAACCGAUACGAUAUCAAAGUACCGACUCCAUCAGACGUUCGAAGCCUCCAAGACGAGCUGGCGCCUGCUCAUGUUUCUCAAAUUCAUGCAGGAGACCGUUCGCAACUCUCGCAAUGUAACGGAUCCGAACACCAAGGAGGUGAAGAAGAUGACUCUUCCCCAGCUUCGCGAUUCCCUCUUCGACCGCCAUGGAGCUCCGCCGAACAAUGCUGCUGCCGAGCUGGCUGCCACGAUCAAGAACAUCCACCUUGUCAAGAAUUUUCCUGAAUUCCUCAAGGUUAUGCACAACAGAGAUCCUACGCAGACGGCUAGCGACUUCACUUUGCUUCUGAGACGUACUGUGUACGCCAGCAUGGAGAAGGGGUACUUCAAGUGGGCUCUCAAUCAAGAGCAGGCGCUUUAUUUGAGGUUGAAGAAAGAGCCGAAUGUGGGCCGGCCGGACGGCAUGGUCCCGCAGCAACCGGGGCUUGGAAAUUUCAGCUUCUUCCCAGGACAGCAGCGCGGUGGAGGCAACGGCGGUCGUGGCGGUCGUGGCGGUCGUGGUGGGCGUGGUGGGAGGGGCUGGCGUGGCAGGGGUCGUUAA